AUGAAAGGGGUAAUAAAAAUAAAAGCAAAAAAAAAGCACCCAAAACUUAAAGAAGAUUUAAAUGAAAAAGAAUUAGAUGAAUUUAAAGGAAUUAAUAAAGAAAAUAAGAAAGAAUUGAGCAAUUUUAAAAUAAAAGAUGAAGAAAAUUUAAAUACUUUUAGAAUAAAAGAUCAAAAUGAAAAAGGGAUAAAUAAUUUUAAAAUUGAUGAUAAUAAAAAUGAAAAAGAAUUAAGAGAUUUUAAAAUAAAGAUUGAUAAAAAUGAAAAAAGAUUAAAUGAAUUUAAAAUGAAUAUAAAAGAACAGGAUGAUAUAAAGUUAUACGAGAAUAACAGGAACAGUUGUUAUAAUAAUAAUCUUGAUAAAAAUAUAAAUUAUGAUAAAAUAAAUAAUAUCAAUUCAAAAUGUAAAAUUGAACAGGAAGUAAUUAAUGAAGAAAAAUAUAAUUUAAGUAAUAUUAAUGAUAGAACCUGUUUAGGACUUGUUGUUAAAAGUAAAGAACAUGAAAAGAAAAUAUAUGAAAAUUCUAAAAAUGUAAGUAAUUUAAAUGAGAAAUGGAAGUUAUUACCUGCCUACUUAAAAGUAAAAGGCUUAGUUAAACAACAUAUUGAGUCAUAUAAUUAUUUUAUAAAAAGAGAAAUAAAAACGAUAAUGAAUGCAACUACAAAUAAAAUUAUAAAAUCUGAUAUUGAUGAGCAUUUUUAUGUUGAAUUUUUGGAUAUAAAUGUUGGAACCCCAUCAAUAGAAGAAAAUAUGAUUGAAACUAAUUUAACUCCUCAAAUUUGCAGACAAAGGGAUUUAACAUACUCAGCUCCCAUAUAUGUAGAUGUAGAAUAUGUUAAAGGGAAUAGUAUAAUUACGAAAAAUAAUGUAGAAAUAGGAAGAUUACCAGUUAUGUUAAGAAGUGAUAUAUGUGUAUUAAAUAAUAAAAAUGAAGAAGAAUUGAUGAAACUAGGUGAGUGCCCAUAUGAUCCAGGUGGAUAUUUUAUAGUUAAAGGAACUGAAAGAGUUUUAUUGAUGCAAGAACAAUUAUCAAAAAAUAGGAUUAUUGUAGAAAUGGAUAUAAAACACAAUAUAUGUGCAACUAUUACAUCUACGACGGCAGAAUCAAAAAGUAGAUGCGCUAUUGUUUAUAAAAAUAACAAGUUAUAUUUAAAACAUAAUUCAUUUAUUGAUGACAUUGGUGUUUGUAUUAUAUUAAGAGCUAUGGGUUAUGAAAGUGACCAAGAAAUUUUUCAAAUGGUAGGAUCCCAAGGAAAAUAUUUAAAUGGGAUCUUAUUAUCAUUAUAUGAAUUAUACACUGAAAAUAUUAAAACUAAUUUAGAUGCAUUAUUAUAUAUAGGAAAGAAGAUUAGACCAAGGUUAUUAGCAAAAGGAUUUUUUAGUUCAAUGAAAGAAAAGCAAGUUAAAAAUGAGAAAGACAUAAUUGAAGAAGGAUUAGAUUUCUUAAGUAGAGUUUUGUUAUCCCAUAUUCAACAGAAGAGUAAAUAUGAUUUUCGUAAUAAAGCAAGAUGUAUAUGCUUAAUGAUUAGAAGAGUUUUAGAUAGUGCUAAUAAUAAAAAUGAAAUAGAUGACAAAGAUUAUUAUGGGAAUAAAAGAUUAGAAUUAGCAGGUCAAUUAAUAUCUCUAUUAUUUGAAGAUUUAUAUAAAAGAUUUUAUUUUACUUUAAAAAAGCAAAUAGAUCAAACAUUAAGUAAAUAUAUGCAAAGCAACUAUAAUUCCAAAUUAAAGAAUAAUGGAAACAUUAAUGAUAACUAUCCAGAUGUUUUUAGAAAUUUACCUAAAGACAUAAUAACAAGAGGAAUGCAAACAGCUAUAUCUACAGGAAAUUGGAAUAUUAAAAGAUUUAAAAUGGAAAAAAGUGGAGUUUCUCAAGUUUUAUCUCGUUUAUCUUUUAUUGCUUGUAUUGGAAUGAUGACGAGAUUGAAUUCUCAAUUUGAAAAAGGUAGAAAAGUUAGUGGACCUAGAGCUUUACAACCUUCUCAGUGGGGAGUUUUAUGCCCCUGUGAUACCCCAGAAGGUGAAUCUUGUGGUUUAGUUAAAAAUUUAGCAUUGAUGACACAUGUUACAAAUGAUAAUGAAAAUAACGAGAACUUAAUUGAAAUAUUAUAUACACUAGGUGUAGAAGAUAGUGAUAGUUUAACAGGAGAAGAAAUUUAUAAAGAGGGAGUAUUUUUUGUUAUUUUAAAUGGUAUAUUUUUAGGAGUUCAUAAAAGACCUAAAAAAUUUAUGAAAAGAAUAAGAUAUUUAAGAAGAUAUGGAAAAAUAGGACAAUUUGUUUCUAUUUAUGAUAACUUUUUACAUAAUGCUAUAUAUAUAUCAACAGAUGGAGGGAGACUUUGUAGGCCUUUAAUUAUUGUAGAAAAUGGAAAAUCAAAAUUGUUACCAGAACACAUUAAAUCUUUAGAAAAUGGCAAAAUUAAUUUUUUUGAUUUAUUAAAAAGUUCAGUUAUUGAAUGGAUUGAUGUUAAUGAACAGAAUAAUCUUUUAAUAGCUCUAAAUGAAUCAGAUAUUUCUUCGAGUACUACUCAUUUAGAAAUAGAUCCAUUAACUAUUUUAGGAGUUGUAGCUGGAUUAAUUCCUUACCCUAAUCAUAACCAAAGUCCAAGAAACACUUAUCAGUGUGCUAUGGGAAAACAAGCCAUUGGUGCUAUUGGUUAUAAUCAGUUUGUUAGAUGUGAUACAUUAUUAUAUUUAUUAGUUUAUCCACAAAAACCAUUAGUUAAAUCAAAAACAAUUGAGUUUAUUAAUUUUGAAAAAUUACCAGCAGGCCAAAAUGCAAUAGUUGCUGUUAUGAGUUUUUGUGGGUAUGAUAUUGAAGAUGCAAUAGUUAUGAAUAAGUCAUCUAUUGAUAGAGGAUUUGGAAGAUGUAUGUCUUUAAGAAAACAUUCUGUAGAAUUAAAAAAAUAUUUUAAUGGAUCUAGUGAUAUUGUUUUACCAUCUCCUUUAGUAAUUAAUAAGUUGCAACAACAAAAACUAGUACAGCAACAACAAUUAGAAAAUAAUAAUAAUAAUGUCCCCUCUAAAAUAGAAAAUAUAAAAGAGAACAGUGGAAAAACUAUAUCAAAUAUAAAUAAGGAUGAUUUAAAAAAUAGCACAAAUAAAGAUAUUAAAAAAUAUCAUUCCUUAGAUAUGGAUGGAGUUGCUUCUAUUGGAUAUUUAUUAAAAGAAGGGCAAGUAUAUGUUAAUAAAUUUUCUCCUAAAAAUAUAAAAGAUCAUGUUAAAGAUAUAGGAAAGAUAGAUAUAAAUGAUUUUAAGUUAAACGAAACUAAAUAUAAAAGUGUUUAUCCAUCUUAUAUAGAUAAAAUUAUUUUUACAGAAAAUUCAGAGGGCUUAAAAAUAUACAAAAUAAUUAUGCGUCAAACAAGACUACCUGAAUUAGGUGAUAAAUUUAGUUCAAGACAUGGACAAAAAGGAGUUGUUGGUUUAUUAGUAAAUCAAGAAGAUAUGCCAUUUACUGAAUCAGGAAUAUGUCCAGAUUUAAUUAUGAAUCCUCAUGGUUUUCCUUCAAGAAUGACAGUAGGAAAACUUCUUGAACUUGUAUCUUCAAAAUCAGCAGUGAUGGAUGGAGAAUUUAAAUAUGGUUCUAUUUUUAGUGGAACCCCAUUUGAAGAAGUAGCGAAAAUUUUAUUUAAAUAUGGUUUUAACUGUUCAAGUAAAGAACUUUUAUAUUCAGGAUUGACAGGAGAACCUUUAGAAACCUAUAUUUUUAUGGGACCAAUAUACUAUCAAAAGUUAAAACAUAUGGUUCAAGAUAAAAUUCAUGCAAGAGCUAGAGGCCCAAGGCAAUUGCUAACAAGACAACCAACUGAAGGGAGAUCAAAAGAAGGUGGAUUAAGAUUAGGAGAAAUGGAAAGAGAUUGUUUAAUAGCUUAUGGGGUUAGUAAUUUACUGUUAGAAAGAUUAAUGCUAAGUAGUGAUGUGUGCGAUGUAUAUAUUUGUGAAGACUGUGGUAUGAUGGGUUAUGAUUUAUAUUGCACAUUUUGUAAGAAAUGUGACAAAAACGUUGUUGUUAAAAUGCCCUAUGCUUGCAAAUUACUUUUUCAAGAACUUCAAACAAUGAAUGUUUUUCCAAGAAUUAUAGUGAAAGAAGCGUAA